AUGGGGGCGCUGAGCGCCUCUCCCCCCACGACCUCUGACCUUGGCUCAGCCUUCCACCAGGCUGGCCCGGGGACUGGAAAUUUUAGAAGCUGCGUCUCUUACAGGCGUCUCCGGAGGCAGCUGCGGAGCACCAGAGGCCCAGGUUCCCCAAGCUCCCCAGCCGCGCCCGGUACAAGGUCCCGCAUCCUCAAACACCCGGGCAAGGCGCAGCCUAGCCUAGGCGGACGCGCCGCUCUUCCCCUCCCCUGGGAGGCAAUUACGUUGUGGCACAGCACAGGCUCCCGUCCUAAGGUUGAGAGCCUCCAGCUCACAGACCCCGAGGAACGCCCCUCUUCACCACCACCACAAUCUGGGGCCUUGGCUCGUUUCGCAGACACAGCCGAUGAGCCUACACUUUCAGAGCCUGAAAAAGCGCAUAAACAUUGGCCCAGACCGGGGGCGUUCUCCCUUCUCUGCAUCUGGCGAACUUCACCCGGGUCCGGCGGGGCCUGGAGCCGCCGAGGCGUGGAGCCGCUGUUUGCCGCGACCUGUGAGCCUCCGGGUCCGGGCAGGGCCCAUAGAUCCCUCAGGCUCAGCGACAGCAGGCCGCGGCUUCCCGCUUCCUGCGGCGUCUCCAAGAACGCGAAGGGAGAAUGCGGGAUCAGUCCCGGCUGGCCUUAG